AUGGCCGUCUUUGAGGGCCGCGUGGCGUGCCGCUUUGCGCAGCCCCUCCCCGCGGACAGCAGGGGGACCUUCGAUCGCAAAGCCGUGAGCGGCAACGUCUGGGUUGGCCGCCUCGGCCUCGAGAACUCCAACAGCUUCGCCAAUUCCGGAAGGUUUGAGACUUCCGGAGGCCACAAGAAGGACAAAGGGGACCGCGCUGUGCUGUUGCAGUGCCAGGGGAAUCUGGAUGCAAUACAAGAAGCAGGACUGAAGCUGCAAGCGCCCUUGGAUUUGAAGCCAAGCUGCUUCGGCGAGAACAUCUUUGUGGAAAGCAGCAGCUUCCGGGCGGAGUCCAUCUGCGUGGGAGAUGAGUUCCAGUGCUGGCGCCAAGGCCAGCCGCAGCCCUUGAGGUUCCAGGUGGCCAGCCCCCGCUGCCCCUGCUCCAAAGUGGACAUGCGACUGGGCCGGACCUUCUCUGAGCAGGGCGUACGCUUCCACUGCGCCCAGACGGGCCGGGCUGGCUGCUUCUUGCGGGUCCUGGAGGAGGGGGAUCUCUGCGAUGGGGACCUCUUGAGGCUGUCCAAACGGCCUAACCCCUCCUGGACGGUGGCGAGGGUCAGUGGCCUGCUCUAUGGCCACGAUGAGGCGGCCAAGCACUACCUCCAGCGCAGCAAGCUGGCGGUGGCCGACUUCGACACGCCAACUGUCCGGAGGGAGGAAUUUAUGGGCACCCAGGAGGAGCUCGAGGAGCUCGCGGCACUCCCAGAGCUCGCCACUUUUGAGUGGAAGGAGCACCUCGUCCGAAUGCUCGGCAGGCACAUCGGCCGGUACCGGAAAAGGCGGAUGUCAGUGGCACCAGUGGCGGUCCUCGGCCUGGCAGUCCUUUUGGGUCUCUUCGCUUUGUCCAGACGGAAAUCCAAGCAAUAG